AUGGGAGGCCUGGCGUCGAUCCCGCGCCGGUCCCCGGACGACGACGCCGUCGACGGCCAAAACCCCGCCGCAGGUCCAAGCGACCGCGCCGACUCGUCCGGCGCAGAUGCCGGCGCGUGGAAGGAGCGCCGGAGGCGGCGGCGCGAGAGGAGACGCGCCGCGAACGAGCUCGAGGCUCGGUCGCACGUGCGGGGAGACACCGCGCACUGGGCCAAGACCGCGGCGAGGCACUCGCGCGAGGCGGUGCGCACGGAACUGAGGGCGCGCAUGCGAUUGCCUUGGGGCGGAGGGGAGCGGGGCGACGGGGGCGACGGGGGCGACGGAGGCGACGAUGGGAACGACGGGGGCGACAAUAAACAUCUGAGGGUGGUGAUCGACCUCGGGAUGCAACACCUCAUGUGCGACGCCGAGAUCAAGAGCACGGUGACGCAGCUGCAGUGCUCCUACGCGUCCGUGCUCAACCUCGCGGUGGACGCCGUGAUGGCGAGAUCCCCGUCCCGCGACGAUUCGCCUCCCCCCGCGGCGGGCGACUUGCUCUUCACCGCGUUGGAGCGAAAGCGACGAGCGGCUCGUCGGCUCGUGUCGGCGGCGGGUGAGGAAUGCGAACCGCCGCGGCUGAUGUUCUCGUCCCUUCACGGGAGGAUCGCGGCGGCGCUGGCGAAGGACGAGGGGAGCGCGAGGUGGCCGGUGACGACGAGCGCGGAACCCUUCCACGAAGCCGCGUCGGCGAAUGGAGGAGCUCGACCCAUCCGAUCCAUCAUCGUGCUGUCGCCGGAUGCGCCUGCGGCUCUGACCGACCCGCCGUCGCCGGAGGACGUCUACGUCAUCGGCGGCCUCUGCGACUACAAGCGCAUCGCGAACGCGACGCUGGACCGCGCGGCGGCGUUCGGCGUCGAGGCCAGGCGCUUGCCCAUAGAGGAGACGCUGGGCACCAACCUCAACGUGAACAUCCUCACCGUGAACCAGACGUGCGAGUGCCUUUUCAGGGCGAGGCUCAACGGCGGGGACUGGGGUGAGGCGUUGAGUGCGGUGCUGCCGAGGCGGAAGAUGGAGGAUGUGGAGGAGACGCGGCGGAGACGGGGCGAGGGUCGAUGA